GACGCACGGCGAUCAAGGUCAGAUACAAGUGCCAUAUAUAACUGUGCAAUUGCCAUCUCUGAUCGGGAUAGUAUCCCCCAUUCAAACUAUCUCAAUCAAACCAAACAACUUCACCUUCAACGACAUGGACGCACUUAAGGGAGUCACCGACACUGUCGGCAACACCGCGAAAGGCGCGACCGACACCGCUGGCGACGCAGUCAAGGGCGCUACCAAGACCGCUGGUGAUGCCACCAAGGGUGCCGGCGAUUCCGCAAAGGGUGCGACUGGAAAGGCAUCAGGAGGCGGCGGACAAGACCACCUCGGACUAGGAAAGACAGGUCUUUAGGUUAUAGCCGGUCACCAAGUACAGCAUACCAUAGUGAAUGCAUAUUACACGAUG